CACAAAGUUGCGCGCCAGAAGUGUUGCGCAGCAUGGAGGGCGACAUCGUUGAUUUGUCUCGUCGCAUUCGCUUGGUACAGCGCCAGCUGCACAGGGCCCAGCGCGGCCGUGACGAUGUGCAGCGGGGUCUUCUGUCUGCGAGGACAGCUAGUUUGGCAAUCAUGGUGUAUGUUUUCAGUGGGCAUGAUUUGGAUGUGGCUGCCGAGUUCCUGGCGUUCUCCUCCAACGUCAAGGCGGAGCAGUGCAACCUAGAAGAUAUGCGUUGCUUGGUUGAGCGGGCUUACAUUGCAGAGCCUACGCCUCGGAUCGUUGAGCUGAUGAGUGAUGCAUGUCUUGAAAAGCGGAGCGUGUGCAUGCUAAUGUCAGCUGGCCUUUUCAUUGUCCACUUCCUCCUGUACCAGUGGCUAUGCGAACAGAACUGCAAGUGUGGUGUGGCCCCCUCCCGGCUCCAAAUGGUCCGCUACGCUCUUUCAGUGGUGCCCUCAGACUUCCCUCCAGCCUUGCAAGCGAAAUUGCGAAGCAGAUUAGAAGGCCCUCCACGCAAGCAGCGCAAGUGGUUGCAGAGUUUUCGGAAAGCCUGGGGAGCUCGAUUGGGAACGUUGCGCAGCUUACCUUUCACGCCUUUGCAUGAGAUGCAGGAGAAGGCCGUUGCUUUCUUUCGAUGGGUGAACGGAGCCUUCUCGAGCGCUGACAAGUUGCCUCUUGUCAUCAACAUGGACGAAGCCAGCUUGGCCUUUCAUUUGAGUGGCGUGGUGGGAACUGUAUUGUCCACAAAGCCAUUCAAGCGUGUGAUGCCCGGUGACCGAGCACGCCUGAGCCAUCGAAGAGGGAAUGUCACUUAUAUGGCUUCGAUCUGCAGCGAUCCAGCCUUCAACAAAUGUCUCCCCCAAAUUCUCUUGGGAAAUGCUAAUUGUUUCCCAAAGCGUGUGCUGGUGGAAGUGGAAGGAGAGCUUGGCCCGAACAUCUAUGCGUGGAGAGAGAACAGCUCCUGGAACAAUCGCGCCCUGAUGAGAAGGUAUAUUGCGCUUCUUUGCGAUUGUCUUGGUGAAGUGAUGCAGGAGCGAGAAGUUUAUCUAGUGCUCGACAUGGCUUCGUGCCACCUCCACCCAAGCGUGUUGAAAUUGGCUAUGAAAAAAGAGGGUGCGGAUCAUUCUGGUGCCAGCAGGCAUGACAGGGGUGUUGCAACCGCUGGACAGCCAUGUUUUCAGGCAAUUCCGUGCCAAGAUGCAAGAGGGUUGGCUAGAGAGGAAGAGCGCAACUGAUGAUGGCCAAGUUUCGCUCCAAACCUGGUUCAAAAUUGUCAAUGAUGCGAUUGAUGCCAUUGUCGUGAGCAAGAGUUGGCGGCAUGCGUUUGAGCGAGUCGGAAUCUUGUCGUCCCAAUCUUUGAUAUCUCCUAAGCUUUUGAAAGCUUUGGCUUGGGAGAGUUGCCCAGAAAUCCCAAACAAAUUGCCAGCGCCGGGCCAAGCGGCCAGGAUGUUUCCACGCCGGUCAAAGACCAACGUGGCAAUGUGGGUGCAAUGGAAAUCGGGUGUUUCGUUCACGCCCAUUCACACUUUGGAUUGAAAGCGCG